GACUGGUAUAAUGAUGACGUCUCCAAGGUUCGUGUGGCAGAACGAACCAAGAUGGCGGAACCUCCGGUUAACACCAAGGACAUCGCGGCCAUUUUCAAGCGACUGAAACAACAGGCCGACAAUAAAAUGUGUUUCGAUUGCGGCCAUAAAAAUCCAACAUGGGCCUCUGUAACUUACGGGGUUUUCCUGUGUAUCGAUUGUUCCGCUGUUCAUCGUUCUCUUGGCGUUCAUUUGUCUUUCAUUAGGUCAAUACAGUUAGACACUAACUGGACAUGGCUUCAGCUAAGGGCUAUGCAAGUUGGAGGAAAUGCCAAAGCUAAUGCUUUCUUUAGACAACACAGUGUGCAGACAGAGGAUACUCAUGCCAAAUACAGAAGCCGAGUUGCUCUGCUGUACCGGGAAAAAAUUUCAACAUUGGCCAACAAGGCUCAGAACAUGUAUGGCACUCAGCUCCAUCUUGACACAGUCCAUGGGCCUAACUCACCAAACACACCAGAAGUACAGGAAAAGGACUUCUUCAAAGAGAUAGAAGAUGCCCCACCCUCUGCCAUCCAAAUACCAACUAAUGGGAAUGGCCGAAGCAGUCCUGGAGGAUCAGAAUUAAAGAAUUUAGAAGUUGAUGUUGGAGCUCUUAGUAUAUCACCCCCCAAGAGACAAGAGGCUAGAGUUCCCACCAUUGGCACCAGGAAACCUGCUGCUUCCAAGAAGAAAGGGCUUGGAGCAAAGAAGGGACUUGGAGCUACCAAGGUGCAGGCGGACUUCAAUGACAUCGAAUCCAAAGCUCAGGAAAAUGACCGCCAGAGACAGGAGGUGUCCGUCCAGAAGAACCGAGAGGCAGAGGGGGAGCUUUUAUCUUCCAAUUUGGCAUACAAACCUGUCAACAUCAAGAAAGAAGAGGAGAUGCUAAGGAAUGUUGACCCAAUGAAGGCCGCUCAGCUAGAGAGACUGGGCAUGGGUGUUGGUGGAAGGGCGGGACCCAAGGCACAGUCCACUGGGAGGAGCCACUCUGCUGCCGCCAGUAUGGAAGUGGUCGAGCAAGAGACGCCAGCUAAUAGCAAGUCAUCAUUUAGUGAUAAUUAUGGGAUGACGUCACAGACGGGCAUGUUUGAUAGCUACCUCAUGGAUGGACCAAGCUUUACUGAACCUCCACCAAAGUAUGAUAGUCCAUUUGGUGUUGAAGACCGAUCAUGGGAGAUGGUCAGCAGAGAUGACUUUGGGUCAAGCUCUUCCUUAAGCUCAAAGCGAUCAAGUCGAGAUGAGGCCAGGUCCAAGAAAGAUUACGGCCCUCCUUCAUCAUCAGAUGAGGCCCAACGCAAGUUUGGUAAUGCCAAGUCCAUAUCAUCUGCCCAAUUCCAUGGAGACAGGGACGAUGAAGGGUACGCAGUUAAGUCCAGGCUGGACCGCAUGUCUGGAUCCACAGGAAUCUCAAGUGCAGAUCUCUUUGAUGAGAAAACAUCACGGGGGCGUGCUUCAUCUAAUGAUUACGCACAGAUCAAGGAAGGCGUGGCUCGAGUCACUGGCAAGAUAUCAAGCAUGGCCUCAGACGUUAUAGGAUCAAUACAGAAUCGCUAUAGUGGAUCUAGUUGAAUGAAUACAGUAUUCUAACACUAUUUGAUACAAUGACAAAUGUUUUAUGAGUGAAUCUGGACAUCACAGUCAGAGGAUGAAGUCUAGCUUCGAACCUCCUCAGAGUCGCAAUCAUAAGGCAUACCUUUACCAUUCAUAGUAGGUGUAAUUGGGCCAUCCUCAAUUAUAAAGAUUAUAUAUUUAUACUCGGUACAAGCAUGGUUUUAUUCUCUCUAACGCUGAGCAGGUUCAGCUUCCAUCAAUCAAACAUCUACCCUCUUCGGCCAACACGUUGUAAGGUUGAUGGAGGCUGAGACUUUUAUUAAACGCUUGGUAUCUUCAUUUCUAGAACUCCUUUAAUACUCAAGUCUUCUGUAUCGCUUUCUUUCUUAGAAUACCAUUCAUUUUGUAGCAAUUUUCAAAAAUAAUAAUGGUAGACUUGAAUUAAUAAGGGGUUUCACACCUUCGUUGUCUCAGGCAAGUGUUUCUCCAACGUAAAAAAAUAUGAUAAAAAUUGAACCUUAAUUCACCUAGCUCUUUUGUCAGCCGCCAUUUUGUUAUCCUAGCAAAGCACCAAGUGUGAGAAAGUAUCCAUUUCCAUCGGCCGAUAUGGAGCAAACGUUGUAUUAUUUUCAAUUGAAUUUUGAGAAUAAAGUGUUAAACUUUGCUCUUAAAUCGUUAUUUCGAGAUUAUUUCGCAUGAUUUGUCUUCCAAUAUUGAAAGAAAACAGUAACAAAGGUAUGGCUGACAGUGGCUCUUUAAGGGAAGCGCAAACACAUUUGUCUGUCGCCCGGAUAUGAGUACCAUAUAGUAGAUAUCCCCUUUGGCGACAAGGUUACAAUUAUGACGAUCUCUAGGGAGCGGAAUCAUUAGUUUUUAAACAGAAAAUUGUAAUUGAUGUCAAUAAAUUCUAAUUGAAAUAU